AUGUAUUGUCGGCUAUAAAUACUUCAGCAAUAUUGUCUAAUUAGGUACCAUAAAGUGUCAGUAGGCUACCCUUUAAAAAGCGCCCAGUUUAGAAUAGCCUACUGAGGUGAGGAAGGAAAUCCGAAACUGAAAGUAAAUAGUAGUGAGAUGGUACGUGUCUUAAAGACACUACGUGUUAACUGACGUCCUGGAUAUUCCCGGUUAUGUUUUGGCGCCUCGAUUUAGGGAAUAGAGUAUGAAAGUAGUUGUUUAUAAUAACAUGAGAAUUCUGUAGAAGCUUGAUUUAGAAAUAGAUCUCUACAGAAGACUUAUAAGUUAGGAAUUGGCCACUGAACCUGACAGCCCACUGGGGGAGUUCCUUAAUUGCAUCAGAGACCUGUGAGGAGGCACGGACACUUUCCCCAUCAUAACCUUCGCUGCUAAGUUGGCAGACAUAUCAGCGGUGUUAUUAAAAAUAUCCGUCUUUAUCUUACUUGUGAACAACCUCAACCGUUUGCGUAUUUGGGAAACGUCUGCUCAAAGAUGGGCAACAAAUCUGUCGUCUGUUAAGGUAGGUUCUAACCUUCGCGUCGACAUAAUCUUUAGCCUGUUUAGUAUUUUGGAGAUUUGUUUGUUUAAAUGUAUUGCAAAAAUUGAACAAUAUUCGAAUUUACAUCAACAGGCGAGACUCACGGGUUCUGAAUCUAUCUCGGAAUGUGCCUACUGUGCUCCCAGAGAGUUUGGUGACGUCCGCUUUGUAUCCCUGCACUGCAAAUGGCUGUAGGGUCAUUCAGUGAACAGGUACGGGAGAGCCGUGUGGAGCUUGUGGAAGAUUGGAGCAAACAUGUGAUGUCUCUUCUGGAGCUACUUUUCCAAGCUGAUGUUCUUACUGAAGAGGAUGUGAGCCUGGUAAGAGGUGGAGGGUGUUUAGGAGACCGUGAUCGCAUGAGGAACUUGCUGGAUGUACUGUAUGGGAGAGGAGAGGAUGCAUGCUGUGCCUUCUUUAAAGUAAUGCCAAGAGUUCAGGCUGCCUCAGGAACAAACAUUUCAAGCCAGCAGAUCUUACGGGAGCACCUUCAGAGACACAGAGAUAUACUGGGCAAGGAGCACAGCCCCAAACACUCUGGUAGCAUCAAAGCUAAAGCUCCAAGUAGCCGUAAGGCUAGAUCCUACACUGACAUCACGCUGUCCAAGAGGCCAGGGUAUGAGGUGAACUUGCAGCACCAGCAUGAGGCGGCCAUGGUUGGAGAAUAUUUCCGGGGUCAGACGCAGGAGAGCGAAGGGCAGGAGGAGAUCUGUGUGUUCAGAGAGAUGUACCAGAACCAGCUGUCAAUCCCUGGGGAUGGGCUGACAUUGCUGUCGGGUGUAGCAGGCAGUGGCAAGACCACAGUGGUCAGGCGGCUUGUCCAUGAGUGGUCCUCCCAGACAGACUCUGAGAAGAUCAUAUUGUCUCUGUCUUUCCGAGAGCUAAACCUGGUCACUGAGCCAGAGAGUCUGCAGGGGCUGCUGUUAAUGCAUUACAGCCAUCUGAAGCCCGUCAUAACCGGGAUCUUGGGUGAUAAGCUAGAGCGCAUUCUUCUCAUCCUUGACGGGCUAGACGAAUUCCGGUUUCCACUGGACUUUACACGAACCCCCAAGUGUUCUGAUCCAGAGCGGGUUCAGCUUGUGGGUGCUAUGGUGGUGAACCUUAUCAAGGGAAACCUGCUGCCAGGCAUCACCAUCCUCCUCACCUCCCGACCCCAUGCUGUCUCCAAGGUCCCUUCGGAGCUGGUGAAUGUGUUUUGUAGUGUGUUGGGCUUCUCACCAGCUCAACAGCAGGAGUUCUUCAGACAGAGCUGCGUCUCUGUACAGGCUGGAGCAGAGGUUUGGGAUUAUGUUUCCACUCAUAAACCCUUGCAUCUUAUGUGUCACAUCCCUGCCUUCUGCUGGAUUGUGUCCACAGCCUUGUACAACGGCAGCCCUGGUCUCACCAAGCACGAACCUGAUGCCACAGUCCCAGUGGACAGCAACAAAAGUCCGUCAGAGAGUGAGCCGUGCUCUGCACUGCACUCCUCUGCUGAUCCCAGUUCUAUGUUGAUGAAUGGAUCAGCCCUGAAGUCCUCGGUAAGGACGCUGACAAUCACAGACAUCUACUGCUGCUUCCUGAAGUCUAUCCUGGUGUUCCAUGGAGAAGGCAGGGAGGAGGAUUCACGUUGGCACCUGCUUCAGGAUGCUCCACGCAUUUUGCAGGAGAGCCGCCCAGUGCUGAAAGGCCUCGGAGCUCUGGCCUUCAAAGGGCUUCUGGAGAGGCGAUUUCUCUUCGACUGCUCAGACCUCAGUGCCCUCUCCCUGGACCGCGCCGACCUCUCCCGUGUCUUCAUGGUGGAGAUCCUGAAAGAGGACAGAACCUCACUCAUACUGGAAAAGAGCUUCUACUUCAUCCACACCAGUAUUCAGGAAUACCUGGCAGCUUUGUACUUUGUGCUCGAGUCUCUCUCCGGCUCAGACCCAUUCUCUGGGCUCCAGUCGUACACGAUCAAACUACUUCCAUCUGCACUCAAGAGGGUGCUGUGCUCCACCACUAAAAAGCUACACGGGGCCAAACGUCUCCUGAAACAACACGUCAGGAAAGCUCUUCUGUGGAGUGAGCAGCAUCAAUCUGGACACAUGGACUUGUUCUGCAGGUUUGUUUCUGGCCUCUUGGUUCCGCAAACACGCUUGACCUUGGAUGGGCUUUUCCCCAGACGAACUUUGCCGUCUCUUUUCUGCGCCUCCCCAGCCUCCACUCCUUCCACUGCUCCCCCGUUCCUCCUGUCUCUCCUUCGCUCACAGCUCCGGAGCUGUAGCCUCUGCCCAGAGAGACAGGUGAACGUGUGCCACUGCCUGUACGAAGCUCGAGACCCAGGGCUGUCCCAGCGGCUGCAGAGUUGGCUGCAAGUCCUCGCACAGAAGCCCCAGUCAGAGCACAGCUCUCUGGAGAAGGACUGGAGCGAGCUGGCCUUCCUGCUUCAACUCAGCCCCGACCUGGAAACACUCAAGCUGGACUGCCAGGGUCUGGACGCAGAGGGGCUACGCAGACUUCUGCCCAUGCUUCCUCUCUUCUGCACCCUGAGCCUUGGGCAGAAUCCCCUUGGCCCUGAGGGAGCCACUGUGCUGUCCAGGGCACUUAGGACUCCAACUUGCCGUGUCGAGAGGCUGUGGGUAGUAAGGACUGGACUAGGCUGUGAGGGGGUCAGGAUCCUGACAGAAGCACUGAAAGACAACCAAACUGUUGUUGACCUCAGAAUGGCUAUCAAUGACAUUGGAGACACAGGAGCAGGAUAUCUUGCUGACUUACUGAAGACCAAUUGUGCUUUGAAAGAUAUCAGACUCCGUGACAACCAGAUAACAGACAAAGGGGCUGAACUUCUGAUGGAUGCUCUGACAGAGAAUGUAACUCUUCAGUAUCUAUGGCUCUUUGACAACAAGAUCACUAAGGAUGGUGUCAAGAGGCUCAAAGAAUUUUCUAAGACUAGAACCAAUCUUGACAUUAAAGUGUGUUUCUAAAUAUAGUACAUAAAGAUGGGAGAUUAUAAAGAUCUAUACAGAGAUACAAUGUAAUUCAUGAAACAAGUUUUAUAUUUACAUUUUAUUAAGGUCUAACCAUUCCGACUGACACUUUGAAUGAUUAUGUUGUAUUGAUGAAGGUUGGUUUUCAUCUCAGAGAAUACUGGCACGAGGGCUUUAUGAAAAGGGAAUCAUUCAAAAAAGAGACAUUGUCCUCUUUAGAUUUUAAAUAUUGCUGUAACUUUUCUAUGUUGUGUUAUAUUUGUUUUGUAUCUUUUAUGAUUGCAUAUGCUUCAUUUAAGUCUUUUAUAAAUUAGUUUUAUAAUUCCAUGAUUAAAGGCCUCAAUUGCCAUAAGCUCUGUGCCAUAAGUGAUGUGGGAUAAUAAGUCUGUUGAUUAAUUUACAGCGGUCAUUUUCGAAAGGUCAAGAUUUUUGCUCUCGUCACAUGUUCAAGUGGAAAGUGUUUUAUUUGUACUUGUUAGUUUGAGCUGAAAACAGUAGCCUAUUCUUCAUCAUUAUUUCCAUUGUGAUGAUAUCUGAAAAUCUUGGUUUUGUGAAUGAUAAGGUUAGUAGACUUCAAAAGUGCCUUAAAGUGAUGUGGUAAACGUUUAGCUCAGAAAGGUCUGUGCGUCAUGAAACGUGACUUCCAUGCAAUGUUUACCAUUGAGUCUGCACUCCUCAGGGAUAUGCAGUAAGCAGUAUUUUGUACAUUUAAAUGCUUACCAGUAGAAAGUGUUGGACGUGGACAUGUCCUCGAAAUUGCAUUUGUUACCUAAAUGUUUGGGGCUGUUUUUAAUGUAAUCAGGAAUUGAUUAAAUGAAAUAAAUUGAUGUGUUCCAAUAAUAAAAUACAGGAAACUAA